UAUAGUUCUGCUCAUGUACUGACCCACUCCAGUCCAGUAGGUGGCGGUAAAUGCACCUAUAUGAAGAAGAAGAAAGCAGCAGCGCGCCAAGCUUUGCAGCAGUAAUUAUGGCGUCCAAAGCAGGUUGCCGAGGGACGAAGCGCAAAGCGGAGGCUCCACUAGAGGAGGAGAAAUCAGCCGUGGAGGUGGAGGAGAAGGAGGAGAGAGGAGACGGGGAGGACGGCCUAAGAGUGGUUAUUGAACACUGCAAGAGCUGACGAGUUUAUGGGCGUAAUGCCGAGGAGGUGAAAUCUGCACUCCUGGCUGCACGCCCCGGACUGACUGUGGUCCUCAACCCUGAGAAACCCCGCAGGAACAGCUUCGAGAUCACCCUGCUGGAUGGAGGCAAAGAAACGUCUCUGUGGACUGGAUUAAAGAAGGGUCCGCCUCGUAAAAUGAAGUUCCCUCAACAUGAUGUUGUAGUUGCUGCUCUGCAGGAGGCUCUGAAGGCGGAGUAGAUGCAUGGUGAAGCUGAGCAUUCAGGAGAUGUGACCUGUGGAUGCAGAAUGAUGAGGGGUGAUUAAACUGGAUGUCUCUCCUCUGAUGAUACAGCUCCAUUAGCUCAUAUCUUCUGGAUACAUGGUGACACCUGGUGGAUCAUCUCUGUACCAACACAUUAUUCAAAUAUAGUCUUGCUGUAUUUUUUACCUUGUUUUCUGAAUGGUUUAUUGUCCUUUUUAUAUUUGUCUCUGGUAAAUAAAGUUUUUCUUGUUU